AUGACUUCUACUCGUGGCAUUUCCAUUGAACAACAGCCCGGCAGAAACGACUGGGAGAAUGAGGCUGUUUUCCGUCGUAAUUGCCUCCCACCUCGAUCCUACUUUAUCCCCGCUACCGCACUCGUUCUAAAUGGCAAAUGGGACUUUCACUAUGCGCCAACGCCAUGGGACACCCCAGACAACCCGCAAGGCGAGCCCCCAGGCGUGCAAGAGACUUCGUGGAACGCAAUUGAAGUCCCCGGGCAUUGGCAGCUCCAGGGCUUUGGGCACCCACACUAUACAAAUGUGCAGCUGCCUAUUCCCGUGUGCCCUCCGUACGUACCGACCGAGAACCCGACCGGCACUUACCGAAGACGGUUCCAUGUCCCGGCGGAUUGGGAUAAGAGUUCGCUGCUUUGCCUGCGCUUUGACGGGGUAGAUUCGGCCUAUCAUCUGCGCGUCAAUGGUGUUUUGGUCGGGUAUGCCCAAGGCUCUCGCAACGCCUCCGAGUUUGACAUCACCGAGUAUAUCGAUUGGGAACGUGAGAAUGAGCUUUCUGUCACGGUUUAUCAGUGGUCUGAUGCCACCUACAUUGAGGAUCAGGACCAAUGGUGGCUUUCAGGCAUCUUCCGAGACGUGCACUUGAUCGCAUUCCCCUCCGAUCCCUACAUCCGAGACUGGUUCAUCCGCACCGAGUUUGACAAUGCAUUCGAGAACGGCACGCUGAAGGCUGAGAUUGAACUUUCCAAGCCCGCUAGUGGUUCUGUGAGACUCUCUGUCAAAGGACUCAGCCGCAACAAGGGAACCAUCAUUGCCGAGACUGAGUCAAUCCUUGAUCCUGAAUCCAUGAAGCUAAGCAUUGACCUCAAUGUUUCGAGCCCUGAGAAAUGGACUGCCGAAACCCCAAACCUUUAUCGGGUCGAGAUUACACUAGCAAGUGGCGAGACCUUUUACACCGUCCAUCAGAAUAUCGGCUUCCGCACGAUUGGGCUUGUCAAUGGACUCAUCUGCGCCAAUGGCAAACCGAUACGAUUCAGAGGAGUCAACAGGCACGAUCAUCAUCCUCAUCGCGGCCGUGCGGUGCCUUUGGAGUUUAUCCGCCGAGAUCUCAUUCUCAUGAAACAACACAACAUCAACGCUAUCCGUUGCAGCCACUACCCUCCCGACCCUAGAUUCUUUCAGUUGGCUGAUGAGAUUGGCUUUUGGGUUAUCGAUGAGGCAGAUCUUGAGUGCCACGGCUUCCUGCGGAGUGUCUCCCGUGCACUCAAUCUGUCAAAAAGCAUGACGUAUGGCGAGAAGAGGGAUCUUGUGUUUGGACGAUCUGCAGAGUACAUCUCCAACAACCCGUCGUGGGAGGCUGCCUACCUCGACCGUGCUGAGUCCAUGUUUCAUCGGGACAAGAACCACACCUCUGUCGUUAUCUGGUCACUGGGCAAUGAGUCAUUUUACGGACAGAACCACGACAGCAUGUACGCUCUUCUCAGAGAAAGAGACCCAAGCAGGCUCCUUCACUACGAGGGCGACAUAGAUGCGAAGCAUGCCGACAUGUAUUCUCGCAUGUACUUGACCAUGGAUGAGCUCGAAUCUCAUGCCGAGACUCUGGGUGUUGGCGAGGAUGGCACCUUUGAGAAGCCCAUUAUCCUUUGCGAAUACGGCCACGCGAUGGGUAACGGACCGGGUGGACUCGAAGACUAUGAAGAACGCUUCCGAAAGUACCCCAGACUCCAGGGUGGCUUUAUCUGGGAGUGGGCAAACCAUGGUCUGUGGAAGCAGGAAGGGGACAAAGGCUUCUACGCUUUUGGAGGUGACUUUGGCGAGUUUCCCCAUGAUGGAACAUUUACCAUGGGUGGUCUAUGCAACAGUGCUCAUAAUUCGACGCCGGGGCUUGUUGAGUAUAAGUCGGUCAUUCAGCCAGUGCGCACAGAGUUCGUCAAUGGCGAGCUUCUUGUUCACAACAUGUACGAUUUUGUUGGUCUGGAUCACCUUACGGCAGCCUUCAAGAUUGAGGAGCUCGGUGCUGGGUCCUCGAUUAUUGUAGCUGGGAAGCUCGAUGUACCUUUCGUCGCCGCUGGCUCGACGACCAAGAUUCCACUACCCGAGGGAAUCACCAACGUCGAGAGCGGGUACGAGGUACUGCUUACAGUUCGGUUCUGCUUGUCGGUUGAUACUUCUUGGGCCCAAUCUGGCCAUGAAGUUGCCUGGGCUCAGUUCAUCCUGUCCGAAGCAACACCUACUCCGUCGCCCUUGCAAGAUGCUGUCCUCUCAAACACGAGCUCCGGUCUCUCGACCACUUCAGUUGGAGCCACGGUCAAGAUCAACGGGCCAAGCUGGCAGUUUGAGUUUGACAAGAUCAGAGGAUACCUCAAGGCUUGGAAAUGCUCAGGAUUGUCUGUCCUAGAGCAGGACCCCCUUACAAAGGUGGCCGUCAUCCCGUCCAUCUGGCGCCCACCUACCAACAACGACGUUCCCUCUGCUGUGCCGGAGUGGGAGAGAUACGGGGUCGAAGUCAUGACCAGUCAGAAGAGGUCUUUCGUCUUCAAAAGCGACGAAUCCGGGGUGGUUAUUGAAGCCGAAACCUAUCUUUCUCCCGCCAUCCUGGACUGGGGUCUGAUCUGCCGAGCUGUGUACAAGAUCUCGCCUUCAGGAUCUCUCGAAAUUCGCGUCAACCUUGUUCCUCGCGGAUACAGCCCGUCGGAUGUUCCCCGCAUUGGACUGGACCUCCGCAUGAACCGCGCUCUGGACGGCGUACGGUGGCUUGGUCUCGGGCCUGGCGAGUCAUACCCCGACAAGCGUAGCUCUCAGAAGCGGGGCAUUUGGAGCGCAGAAUCCGUAUCAGAUCUUCAGGUUCCCUACGAUUUGCCUCAAGAGAACGGCAAUCGUAUGGAAACCCGCUGGCUAACCCUGUCGAACGCGUAUGGCCUUGGCAUUCGGGCGACCAGCAUCCCGGGCGAAGAUCAUCAUCAUUUCAACUGGACUGCAACGCGGCAUUCGGCAAAGACUAUUCAAGCAGCGAAGCAUCCUUGUGACUUGGUAGAAGAGGAUGCAACCAUUUUGCGUCUUGAUGCUGAGGUUGCUGGUGUGGGUACAGGGGCGUGCGGGCCUGGAGUUGCAGAACGUCACCUUGUUGAUCUGCGGGAGAUGGAGUUUGGGUUCAAGCUGGAGGCACUGCUUAAUGGUUCCCUCUGA